GAUCGCGCUUUGGAGGUCUGGCUGAGGAGCUGCGCGCAGCAUGGGCACCGGGGAUUACAUCUGCGUUACACUGCGUGGUGGUGCACCCUGGGGAUUCACCCUGAGAGAGGGAGAGGGGGACACCUACAGACCUUUCUUGGUCUCCCAGGUAGAAGAAGGUGGCCGUGCCUUCUUAGCUGGGGUGCAGGAAGGUGAUGAGUUGGUAUCACUCAACGGAGAGCCAUGUGCUGAUCUCACCCUUUUAAGUGCCUUCUCACUCAUCGACACAUCGAUCGGCUGUCUGCAGCUGCUCGUCAAAAGAUACUGCAGCCUCCCUUCAGAAGACUAUGAACCAGAGGAGACAUACUGUGGUGAGAGGGACUCCUCUGGUGAAGCUUUAGAGAGCACCACCCUACACAUCUUCUCCCCAAAACACAGGUCCCAAAUCCCAAGGGAACUCUACAUAUCUGAGUCCCAGGAUGAGGUCUACUAUGGGGAGUUGGGCAGUGACACAGAGGUUCCCAAGGGACCCCAGCUUCUUUGCACCCAGCUACACACCUCACCAAGUGAUCGGGGAGGCCAGGAGCCUGUUUUCAAGGGAAAUGAUGAAGAAGCUUGGCGGUGCUUCUCCCCUGGGGACAUGGUGGAGCUCCAGGUGUCCCUCUCUGAGCAAACCUUGGACGAUGUGGGCUGCACCUCUCUUGGGAGUGCUCAUGGGAUAGAGGGAGAACUCUCAAACAGAGAGACUGUUGAGACGAUCCACACCACCACCGCAUCACACUACGUACCGUCUUCUGUCAGAGAGCCCCUCGCUCAGCAUGGAGUGGUACUCAGUUCUCCUUCGAUGCUGGGGCAGGUGGAGGUAAUUUUGCAGCAGCCGGCAGCAUCAAGAGCAGGGAGGGGCAUCCCAAGUGUGGGUGGCCCCAGGGUCAGUGGAAGUGUUGGAUCCCAAAGCGAGGGAGAAGAAGGAGGAGGGCACAGUGAGGGAGUUCCUGGGUCUUUCACUGUGUCAUUUGGAAUUCCCUCAGAAGAGGCGACACCAGCAGAAGAGCGGGAAUCUGAUUCUGAGGGGGAUCAAGAUAAACCCAACAAGCAUCGGCCAAGACACGCCAGGCUCAGGCGCAGCGAGAGUCUGUCUGAGAAGCAGGUGAAGGAGGCCAAGUCCAAAUGUAAACGUAUUGCCCUCCUUCUUACGGCUGCUCCGCCCAACCCCAACAACAAGGGGGUGUUGAUGUUCAAGAAACAUCGGCAGAGGGCCAAGAAAUACACGCUUGUGAGCUACGGCACGGGAGAAGACGAACCCGAGUACAGUGACGAAGAGGACGAGGAAAACGAAGACAACGAACAAGAAACCCACACUGUUGAAUUCACCCUUUUGGCUCCAGACGGUUCAGAAAUUGACAAGCAUUUCCUCACUAAUGCCCAUAGUAGCAAAGGUGUGCUAACUAUCAACUGGGAUAAAGGUCUCCUUGAGAUUGAAAGGAGCCUGAACAACCAAGCAGAGAUGGAGUGUUUGCCUGAAACCAGGGGCAAGGGUGCCUUAAUGUUUGCCCAACGGCGUCUAAGGAUGGAUGAGAUAGCUGCUGAACAUGAGGAGCUUAGGCGACAGGGGAUUCCUGUGGAAAGUGUCUCAGUGGCUGAAAAGAAAAUAGAAGAGCACUCCUACAUGCAGUCCACAACUGAGGGCCAUGCUUAUAUGGAUGUAAAUGUUCACCAACAAAGCCAACAACAACAACAACAGUACCAGCAAUAUCAGGAGCAGCAGUACUAUGAGCAACAACAGAACUACCAACAACAACAAUACCAACAACAGUAUCAACAGCAGCAGUAUGAACAACAGCAUUAUCAACAACAGCAAAUGUAUCAGCAGCAGCAGCAGCAGCAACAAUAUCAUCAGGAGCAACAGCAAAUGCAGCAAUAUUCGACAAACAUCAAUGGCACAGUCCAACACCAAACCAAUGAAAUGCAGAGUUCUUUCAGCAAUCGUACUGCAAAACCUUUCUCAGCGGAAAACAUGGCGGCUACCCCUUAUUCUACAGCAAUGAGUGGGACCAAUCAGGAGUCUGUGGGCCAAGGAGAGCAGAUAGCCUCCCGCGAUGAACGCAUUUCUACCCCUGCAAGUCGGUCUGGACUUUUGUCAGAUGCAAGGAAAAGAAAUGUUGUCAAGCCUAUGUUCACAUUUAAGGAAGCACCAAAAGUAUCACCUAACCCAGCCCUUCUAAACCUCCUCAACAGAAGUGAUAAGAAGUCGGGUUUUGAGUCAGGACCUGAGGAAGACUACCUUAGCCUUGGGGCUGAGGCUUGUAAUUUCCUGCAGUCUCAAGGACUUAAACACAAGACUCCUCCACCAGUGGCUCCAAAGCCUGUGAUCAAUCCCAACUCUCCUCCUUGGUCCCCACAGAUAGAAAUGACCAACCAGAACAUGCCUCAACAAGCUGAAAAUAGUGUAUCCACACCUGCUGUAGCCCCCACCACAGUGACUACCCCUGCUCCAGAACUAGAGCCAACCCCCGCACCUGCCCCUGAGCCCUCUCCCCCUCCUGCUCCCCAGGAAGUUCCUGCCAACACCACCACCACAGAGGAACAUCACACAUGGACUCUUACGGACCCUGAAUCUCAACAGCAGCCUCUGCAAGUGACAGCUCAGGAGGAAAAUGGCCAAACAAAUCUUACCCUGCAGCCCGAGCCAGCACCAGUGACCAGCUGGGCUCCAGCACAAACACAAGCACAACAACAGCCAUCUACCAAUGUUUGGCAUCCAGCUCAAGUGCAGCCCCAGGAACCACCUCCAAGUCAGUCCCCACAACAGCCACCUUGGGUGACACGUCAGCCUACUCAGCCCCCAGCACAGCCUCAACCCCCAACAAAUACCUGGACCCCUCAAAUUCAGCCAUCCUGGAGUCAGUCCCAAGAUCAUGCACAUGCCCAGACACAUGAUCAGCCACCCUGGGCCAAGCCUCAAGAGCAACCACAGGUUCAGCCACCCUGGACACACACCCAUGAGCAGCCAAAUCUGCAGCAAAUGCAACCAGCUUGGGGUCAACCUCGAGAACCAAUGCAGCAGCAACCCCAGGCCCCAUGGGCACAGCCAUCACAAACAGACUCUCAGCCUGAGCCACCAUGGGCUCAACAACCACAGCAAAAACCCCAAGCACAACCUCCUUGGGCUCAACAGAUUCAGCAAGAAUCCCAGCCACAGCCGCCAUGGGUUCAGCAACCACAGCAUCAGGCUCCACAACAAGCAUGGCCGCAAGCCCAAGCACCAGGUCAGCCUCAACCACCUUGGGUCUCACCUCAGCCUCAACAGCAACAGCAACAGCAACAGCAACCUUCAAUUAAUGCAUGGCCUCCAUCACAAGCUCAAGCCCAAGUUCAGCCACCUUGGAUCCAGCCAUCCCAAGCACAAUCUCCACCGCAGCCUCAAGCCAUUUUGAAUCCAUGGGCGCCAGUACCUGCCCAGGCCCCGUCCCAACCAUCAUGGGCCCAGCACCCUUCAGAACAUAGUCAGCACCCAAUGAAUUCUUGGGCCCAAGAGCAAAAUCAGACCCAACAUCAGCCACCAUGGGCUCAACCAGUUCCAUCCCAGCCCACACCACAGCCAAACUGGCAACAACCCACUCCAACAACUCAACCACAGGCACCAAUGAAUACAUGGCCUCCACCUCAGGCACAACCCCAAACACCUGUGAAUGCCUGGGCACCACAGCCAGAACAAACGCCUAUGAAUGUUUCCACGUCAAUGGUGAACACUCGCCCCUCGCCAAAACCUUGGCAUCCACCACAAAAUGCCCCACAAAACCGGACCCCACCACCUCCACCACAGCGAAUGCACUCUUUUACCAUUGGUCAACGAGUUUCAUCACCCAUCAACCCAAUGGCCACAGUCUUAAACCCAGCAUCCCCAGGUUCAUCUUUUGAGAUGCCAGUUGUCAGAGGGAAAGGAGCUGAUAUGUUCGCCAAGAGGCAGUCUCGCAUGGAGAAAUUUGUUGUGGACUCUGACACUGUACAAGCAAACAAGGCAAGCCGCUCAACAUCGCCAGUUGCUUCCUUACCGACUGAGUGGAAAUAUACACCCAAUGCACUUGGCAGGAGCUACUCCCUUUCCCCACCAGCCAGAGUACCAUCCGCAGUCCAGAAGUCAGUCUCGGCUUCUUCUUCCCCCAGGCCUCCGGCUCGGGCCUCCACAACUCCCCCAGCAAGGCAGACAUCCUGGCUUGAGAAGGGCCGUAAACCCCUUAUGCCCUGGGAGGCUGCCUCCCGACAUCCUCUGGGCCUGGUGGAUGAAGCCUUUGUUUCCCAGAACUUCCAGCAAAGCCUCGCCACAAAUGUUCGCUUGGCAGCCCAGCGCAAAAAGCUGCCCGAGCCGCCAGAAGAGUGGAAAGCCAGGGUGUCCUACCAAGCCCCACAGAAAACAGCCAGCCAGACCUGGAGCCAGAGUCAAAGCCGCAGUCAGAGUCGAGCUCCGCUGCCUUCAUUUGGGUCCCUAACAAGGAGCGCUGUCUCGACUCCUGCUGGUCAUGCUGGUUACAAUUCCCUGCCCAGACAGUGGCGGCCACAGAGGUCAGUUACACAGGCAAACCUGGGGCCUUCAGUGUCCUCAUCUGAGUUUAGGAGUCCUAUAGGAAAACAAACUUACAAGUCUGUGUACACAAGCAACACUUGGAGUUGGAGGCGGUAGGAUGCAACUCAACCCGUGUGACCUUUUAAAGAGUAAAAUCUCAUGUUUUACUGAUUCCAUAAAACAAUCAAGUGCCUUUUCUUUUUCUUAAUUCUGAACAAACAAGUGAGGAGGAAUAUAUAAUGGAAGUUUGUUAGAAUUCUCCUUGUUUUGACAUCUUUCUUUUUUAGCUAUUUCCAGGUUUUUUGCUUUUAAAGUCUAUCUAAGGUUUUAGAUGAAAUUGUUGCAUGUCAUAAUCAAAUGUGAAAAGGGAUGAUUGCUCUCAAUAUAUGGAGACUUUAAAAUAAUUUCUGUAACAUUUAACUGACAAUUUUGUAGAUUGGUAAAUACACUGAAGUGGGCCUGUAGUUUAUCAGAUGAGGUAAUGAGUAUGUUGUUUAGAAUGGACAUAAUGAGUGCAAAAGAAUAGUACAAAAUACGUGGAAAGAUUUGAGUUAUUGUAAAGUAAGGGUAUAUCUGGAAAAAAUUAACUGCUCAGAUAAGCUUUCGGAAUAAAGGAAAUAAUUGUCUUUAGAAAAGAGAUAUGUGAGGAUGGAAAGAACCAGUGAUCCCUGCCCAUGACACAGGAAGCUGCAAGCAACAAUUGAAUUGUUUUGAGCUUGUAGCUUUGCCAUUCAUCCUGGUUUCAUUUUCUGCUGUGGAUGUACGUAUUUAGCAUGCAGUGAUUACGCACUUUUUCUGCCGUUGUUUUUUUUAUUUUAAUACUUAAGAAUAAUUACAUUUGCUGAGUUUCCAGAUCAGAAAAUAAUUUCUGUGUCAGUAUCCAAUUAGUGAUGCAUUAGAAGUUAGGCUUAAAACUUGUGGAAAGGUUAGUACUAUAACUCAGCAUGUUGUGCAAGCUUUAAUGAGUGAGAUUAAUUUACUUAUUUACCAGGUGCAUUUUAAUUACUGCAUUAGCAUUUGGUGACUAACUAGGGGAGAUGAGAAGCUCAAAGUGGAGCAUCUUUUUUUUACUGUUAUAGUUUUCUGUAGACUUUUUCUCUUUGGGCACCUGGAAUGAAUGGGCACAUUCCAGUAGUUGUGAUGAAAGUUGAAUUGAAGUAUGUUGAUUAGUCCUAAUUAUGGCUACAGUAACAGAUUGUUUUAGUUUAUGACAGUUUUACUGGCACUGGGAGAAUUGCUUACAGUAUGUAAUGGGUUUGUGGCUUGCGUUUGGUUUGGGCUUUUGUUAUAGACUCCAAAGAUUAAAGCUUGGCUGGUGUUUCCACAGAGUGUACAUAAUGUCCUAAUGUGAUUCUCACCAAGCAAUCUCAUGAACAUAAAUUAGAUUUAUCACACAGCAUUGUGUUGUGUCUCAACUGACUCACUGAGCAUCCUGACAGACUGUAGUGUAUCUGUGAUAGUUAUACUGUAUUGCCUCCAUUCACACAACACGUAUUAUGGUCAUAAUACAAUACCAGUAAUCAAUUUCUGUUAUGAUAUAGACUCACAUUUUACAAAAUAAAUACAACCAAAUAGCACUAUUUCACAAA